AUGGAAAGGCCCCUACAGUCCUGCACGUGGGCCUGCGCCACCCCACAGAACCCAGCCUCCUUCACCAGCGUCCCACCAUGGCUGCAGCAUGACGCCCGCCCACUGCUGCUGGGGCGGGGCCCGGACGCCCCCCUCCGUCUGCAGCUCCCCUGCCUCUCCCGCCGACACCUGGCGCUGGAGCCCUGCCGGGAGAGGGGCAGCGUGCUGCUAGCCUUCUGCCUGAAGGCCCCGACCCGCAAGGGCUGCGUGUGGGUUAACGGGCUGACACUGAGGUUCCUGGAGCAGGUUGCCCUGUGCACUGUCAACAGGGUCGCCUUCUCUCGUAUCCAGAUGCUGGACCGCCUAGAGGAAGGCACCUCCCUGGAGGCCUUUGCCUGCUGCUUCCAAAUCAGCCCAUCACCCCUGAUUUACAGGCCCCAGGCCAACAAGACUGACAAAUGGAAAAGCAUCCCCGAAGAGCAGCCUCCCCCAGGUUCAGGGCAGCAGACUCCAGGUCACCUGGGGCUUCUCCACAGCCCUCCCCAGCUGAACCCUGGAGAAGGAACAGAAAUACAGUCCCAGAGGGAACCCCCAGACAGUGUGCUCUGCUAG